UGGAUGACUGUAGAAAAAGCAACCUUUCUCCAUGCAGACUCUCCUCUUCUCACCUAAUCGAUCGUUUUGGCUGUGGCCAGAUAUGGCAAUUGGAUCCGCCGCCGCCGCCGGAUCAGGUCUGUUCAACUUCCUCCGGCCGCGCCUCCGACCGCAACCAACGGACGUCGCCGCUGCAGCCACCUGGGGUGUGGCUGCCACUGUCACCGCCCUCUGGCUCAUCCAGCCUUUUGAUUGGUUGAAGAAACAACUUUUCGAAAAAACAGAGUCUGGGAGUUAAUCGAAGAAAUGUCUAAAUAAGAAGUUAGUCCGAAGCAUUAUGAACUUUUAUUUUUGCCCGACUAUUAAGAUUGUAACCUCUGAUGGACGGCUGUAUUUUUUGUCUGACGAAUGACUAGUGUUUCUCCGGGAAAAAACAAAAGUGCCCUUAGUCUCUUUUA